GUUUGUAUAAAUAACACAUGCACUGACUAGUUGCUGGACUUAGGCACCUGCUGAAAACACUGGAAGAGGCAUCAAAAUGAUUUCCAAAAUUAUUUUCUCUGUUCUUUUUUACGUGGCACUGUCAGGAGCGGGAACAUUAAGUUUUAUUGGCAAGAGUCACAAAGGAGACAAUCCUCUGCUCAAUUAUGUGGUGAAUAACUCUUUAAGGGCGCAUCCAGUGCUGGCCAAACUGCAGCUGAGAACAAUGGAAGAUUCCUGGAACAGUAUGAUGGUGUCUCCAGAACAAGCUCAGUUCAUGGCUAAUUUAAUAAAACUGAUUAAAGGCAACAAAACUAUUGAAGUAGGCAUGUAUACAGGAUACAACACCUUGAGUAUGGCUUUGGCUAUUCCUGAGGACGGCCGAGUGGUGGCCUGUGAAAUCAACGAUGAUUAUGUGCAAAUAGCUAAACCAUACUUUAAAGAGGCUGGAGUAGAAAAGAAAAUUGACAUCCAGCAUCAAAUUGCACUCAAAACCUUGGAUGAACUCCUUGAGGCUGGUGAAGCCGAAACAUAUGACUUUGUAUUCAUUGAUGCGGACAAGAAAAACUAUGAUAAUUACUAUGAGAAAUCCCUCCAGCUCAUUCGUAAAGGUGGCAUAAUAGCUAUCGACAAUGUCCUUUGGGGAGGGAAAGUCAUAAAUCCAGACAAGGAUGACGUCACCUCCCAGACCAUUGACCAGCUGAAUAAGAAACUCCACAAAGACCAGCGAGUGGAUCUGAGCAUGCUCACUGUGGGUGACGGUCUAACCCUGGCUAUCAAAUUAUAAUCGAAUCCUUUGCUAAAGUAAAGAAACAAACAAACAAACAAACAAACAAAUAAUUUUUUUUUUUGUCCUGUGAUAUCGUAUAAUUGUUAUUGAUAAUUAAUUGUAACUUCAUCAUGUAUUAUGUGAUUUCUUCAAGACAUAGACAUCAUUCACCAACUCAAUAAUCGCCUUUACUUCCAAAAAUGUUGAAUAAACAAUUCCUGUUUAUGUUUAUUUCCAGAUUUCUUUAAACACAAUCUAAGUGAAUUUUAUUUCAUUAAAAUUAUAUUUAAUCUG